AUGUUCAGGCAGAGCUGCAGGGUCUCACCGCCUUUCUCCUCCGCGGCGAGACGCAGGGGCGGGGCCGGGCUCGCUGCGAUUGGUUGGCUGAAGGGGCGGGGCGGCGCGGGAUUGGACCGCGUUGCGGGGCGCAGGGAAGCGGACUUGUGCGGGUCCGAGCGGGCCUCGUCCCCGCCGCACCGCGGGGCCGGGCCGGGUGGAACCGGCCGGGUGCACUUGCGGCCAGGCAGGGAUGGGGCGUCCUGGGGCGGCAGGCGCGCGGCGGUGACGGCCCGGCCCCGCGCCAUGCGCCGCUCGAGCACGGACGAGUCCGCGUACCGGCGCAGCCCGUCGCCCGAGGGCAAGGGCCCGGGCCCUUUCCGGCGCGGUAGCAGCCCGCGUGGACGCGCGGACGCAGGCGGCGUCUUCUUCGGGCUGCACGCGGGGCCUGGACCUCGGACGGCCCAGGCGCGCUACUCGGCGCCCCGGGGCAGCAAGUAUGUGGUCUUCUACCUGGACCUGUCCUUCAUCUUUCUCCUAGAGCUGAAGCGCUGCAGCAUGGCGCGCGGCUGCCUACAGGGCGUCAAGUACCUCAUGUUCGCCUUCAACCUGCUCUUCUGGCUGGGAGGCUGUGGUGUUCUGGGCGUUGGCAUCUGGCUGGCUGCCACGCAGGGGAACUUUGCUACCCUGUCAUCCUCCUUCCCGUCCUUGUCGGCUGCCAAUCUGCUCAUCGUCACAGGCACCUUUGUCAUGGCCAUUGGCUUUGUGGGGUGCAUCGGGGCCCUCAAGGAGAACAAGUGCCUGCUGCUCACAUUCUUCGUGCUGCUGCUGCUGGUGCUCCUGCUGGAGACCACCAUCGCCGUGCUCUUCUUCGCCUACACAGACAAGAUUGACAGGUAUGCCCAAGAAGACCUGAAGAAGGGCCUGCACCUGUAUGGCACGCCAGGCAAUGUGGGGCUCACCAACGCCUGGAGCAUCAUCCAGACCGAUUUCCGCUGCUGCGGUGUCUCCAACUACACAGACUGGUUUGAGGUGUACAAUGCCACACGUGUGCCUGACUCCUGCUGUCUGGAGUUCAGCGAUGGCUGUGGGCUGCACGCGCCUGGCACCUGGUGGAAGGCGCCCUGCUAUGAGACGGUGAAGGCCUGGCUCCAGGAGAACCUGCUGGCUGUGGGUGUGUUUGGGCUGUGCACGGCACUGGUGCAGAUUCUGGGCCUGACCUUUGCCAUGACCAUGUACUGCCAGGUGGUAAGGGCAGACACCUACGGUGCCUAGACCAUGGGGUGCCACUGGGCAGGGGAUGCCACAGCCGAGCCCCUAUCCCAGCCAGGACUCGGUGCUCCGCCAGGUGUGGCAGGUGCUGGCACCUCAGCGCAGGCAGCUGUGGGGUCUCAGGACCGGAUGGAGGGGUCGACUGGAGACGGAAGACCUCCGAGUGUUUUGGACCCAUGUGCUCUCCAGCACAGGGACACAGGGCCAAUCUCAUCACCUGAGUCUGCCGGUCCUGGUGCUUAUGGGCCAGGCUGUCAUCACAUUCCAUGAGAGCUGCGGCUCCAGGUGCAUUUAAUAAAGUGCUUGAGCAGCACCA